AUGGCAUCUGCAAGCAAAACCCUCUCCCGCGCUCUGCGCUCCGCUUCAGCAGCUCAGACCUUCAAGACCACAGCUUCCCGCCGCGUAGCGAUCCAACGACUUCAGCGCUCAGCACACCGUGGCUAUUCGAGCGAAGCACCAAAACCCUCCAACGGAGGUAGCAACACAUACAUCUGGGGUGGAUUAGCAGCUGGAAUCGCGAUUGGAACUGGAGCAUACUUCGCCCUCGGCGAUUCUCAACCGCCCAAGCCCUUUUCUCCACAAGCCUCCGACUACCAGGCCGUUUACGAUGCCGUCGCCAAGAAGAUCAUCGACGAGUCCGACUACGACGACGGCUCCUACGGCCCAGUCCUUCUCCGCCUAGGAUGGCACGCCUCUGGGACAUACGACGCCGAGACAAAGACCGGAGGUAGCAACGGUGCCACCAUGCGUUUCGACCCCGAAGCAGACCACGGUGCCAACGCAGGACUAGCAGCAGCCCGUAACUUCCUCCUACCAAUCAAAGAGCAAUUCCCCUGGAUCACCUUCAGCGACUUGUGGACUCUCGCCGCCGCCUGUGCAAUCCAAGAGAUGGGCGGCCCAAUUAUCCCAUGGCGUCCCGGCCGUACCGACAGAGACGUCUCCUUCUGCACACCCGACGGCCGUCUCCCAGACGCCACCAAAGAGCAGAACCACCUCAGAGCCAUCUUCGGUCGCAUGGGCUUCAACGACCGGGAGAUUGUCGCUCUCAGCGGCGCCCACGCCGUAGGUCGUUGUCACCCGGACCGCUCCGGUUUCGACGGACCGUGGACUUUCUCGCCCAUCACUCUCACAAACGAUUUCUACAAAUUGCUGCUGGAGGAGAAGUGGCAGUGGAAGAAGUGGGGCGGUCCAAAGCAAUACGAGGACAAGAAGACCAAGACGCUGAUGAUGCUGCCUACGGACAUGUCACUUAUCAAGGAUAAGAGUUUUAUGCGAUAUGUCGAGGAGUAUGCGAAGGAUCAGGAGGUGUUCUUCAAGGACUUUUCGGAUGUUGUGGUGAAGUUGUUUGAGUUGGGUGUCCCUUUUACCACGCAGGAGAGGAUUCAGUUCAAGAAGACUGAGUAG